CUCUCUCUCUCUCUCUCUCCCCUUUGGCUGUUCCAGGCUGUGGAGGAUGUUCUACUCGGAUAUUCUGACCGGGAGCCGAAGGCAGCAGAUGGAUAUUCGGGACGCCGCCUCUCUCCGCCAACAGAGACGGAUGAAACAGACUGUUCAGUUCAUCCACAAGGACUCGGCGGAUCUGCUCCCACUGGACGGCCUCAAGAAACUGGGCACCUCCAAGGAAACCCAGCCACAUAACAUUUUGCAGAGGCGUCUAUUGGAAACCAACUUGUCAAAAUUUCGAGCCAACAAUCGAGGGACAUGGUCUGCCACCAACACCUUCCCAGUGCAGAGCAAUGGCCUUUGUCAGACCAAGACAGAGCGUCCAAAAGGAACCAAUGUGGAGGACCUGAUAUUUGUGCGCUGUAAGUGUGCUGGCACAGAGGUAAAUGUACAGAUUGACACUGGCUGCCGAUAUAAUCUGAUGUCCUCUGCCUGUGCUGACAACCUGGGGCUCAAGGAACUCAUGCAAACGGACGAGGGUAAAACCGAAAAACCAAGGACACCUUACCCUUGCAAGAUUAUAGGCCAAAUAGAAAAGAUUGCAGUCACAGUAGGACAGGUCAUUAUUGAAUGCUCAAUAAUUGUAGUCGAAGCUGAUGAGAAAACCUUCUCCUUUGGGCUGCAGACAUUAAGAUCCCUGAAGUGCGUCGUAGACAUGGAGAAACAAUACUUAAUUCUGGGAGGGAAGGAGAAAGAGGAGAUUCCCUUUCUGGGUAAUGAUGACAGCAGUUUGAAUGAGGCAACUCUCAGUGAAGUACCGAUGGAAAUGAGUGACCGUAUUCACUGCUGGAAUGCAAAGAUGUCUUCAGUGGAUCAUGCACAAAUAUGACCUAACAUCAGUUGCCUCUCCAAUGCCAGCCUUCACUCCUUGCUUCAAGUAGGGAUCGACAAUAGAACAGCGUUACCCCACAGACUGCUGACUUCCCCAGGAAAUUAAAUAGCACUACAGUAUUACCUGAGCUUUGUUUUAAAAACAAAAUAGUUAACCUGACAACUCUGUUGCAGAAUGACUACAGUUAUAAAGGAGCACAUUAAAUGAAACGUAUUUGUCUGAACUUAGUUUAGAAAACACAAAGUUAACUUUUAAUUCUUUCUGCAUGAUGAUUUGGAUCAAUGUGUUAAACAUUUAUUUGUACACUGUUCUGAGAGUGACAUUGACUUUGCUGGUGAAGACCUGAACAUUUAGCCCUAGUUAAACCUGUGACUGGUGUUGUAUUUGUUCAGUAAGAUCUGCUGUAGUCUCUGAUCUAGUGCCUAUAUUUAUAUAUACACACAUAUAUAUUGUGGGAAUUUGGUAUUUUUUACAGUACAAAUACUUUGUGAGUAAUUUUCCAUUUUUGUACUUUUGUGAGUUUCUAGGUUUUAUGCGCUACUGAGUCUAUGGUCUGAUAUGUUUUGUGAGGGUUGCGCUUAUGUGGAAUUCAAUUAUCCAUUGAAGGUUUUUCAGCCUUCAAAAUAUGCACCUUUAUGAUCUUGUAUUCCCCCCACCCUCACACACACACACACACACCACACACACACAUAAACUGAUUGAUGUUGAUUGCUGACUGUUACAAAAUACACACAGAAAGAAUGCCGAUCGCUUUGAAAUGUGCUUAAAAUAGAAAUAUGACAAUCCAGUUACCAACACUCUGAUUUGUGAAGGAGGCAUGUGUUGGUGUUGAGUGACAGAGAAGUGGAGAGUGCACUAGCUGAUGCAUUGUUUUUGUCAUUGGACGACAGGAAGAGAGAGAUUGCCACAUGAGGUCAUUUUACAAAUGUCAGCAACAUAAUACUGUUUGUGGAUCCUGAUUCACUUCUUUACCUGAGACCAACAGUGAUAUUAAAUUGUGCUGUAAACCUUAGCAGUGGGAAGGUGUUGCAAUGUUGACCAAAUGGCACAGAACAUUGGGGUAUCAAUGUGAGGCACUGGCAGAAUAGUGCAGUGUGUGCUAGCAUAAUGGAGUGGAACAUUGGCACAGGGGAUAAGCGUGAUAGUGUGUGCAAUGGUGUAGAGUAUAGGUAUGACAGGAUGAAAGGUUUGGGCAGAACAUGGUACAAAACUGUGGUGUACUAGCCCAUUGGCAUCUUACAUUAGUGCGAGAGUGCAUUCAAUUGUUGCAAAUUGAUGUACUUUACAGGCACCUUGGCGUGGAGCGAUAAUGGGAGUUUGUUGCUGCAAAGCAUUGGUGUGGUGUACUGGCGCAUUAGGAUGGAAUAUUGAUGCAAAUGUUUGGUGACUAGGUGGAAAGCAUAGCUAAGCCCAUGAACCAUUUUGGAUCCCAAAUGUCUCUUUUUUGCUCUCUUCUUUCUCUCUCUUUCCCUCCAUUACAUUAGCAAAAGCAAAUUGAUCUUAAGAGAGUGUCACUGUAUUUCUAACAUUCAGCCUAAAUCGAUUUGUGUGCCUUUGGUGUUGUGGUUUCAGUAUAUUGGGACUUUGAAGUUGUAGCUUUGAACUCAGUCUUAGUACCUGUCUUUAUCAUGAACAGAUUUGUUUUUUGCAGCCAUAAAGAAAAAAACCUUUGACAGGAUAUUGUGGCAUUUUGUACUUGUGUUUUUUAAGGUAGGAUGCAGGCAUGCUUUGUAUAUGUAUCUAUGAUUUUGAAAUUUAACAAAUUUUGCAUGUUUUGUGACAUUGAAAUCUUGUUUAAAUGGCUUGUGCUGAUCUGGCUGGAAUAUAUUUGAACAUGUAUUUUGUGCAGAACUUGCAGUGAUCAGUGAAAUAAUGUGGCAAAAAAACAACAAUAUAACAUGCUAUGUGUGUGGUGUGUGUGUGUAUUAAUUAAAGCUAUUUUACAGCA